UGUUUUAUGGGAGUUGUUUUAUUACAAAAACUGGUUCCAGCCGACGCCAUAUCCACUUGGGAACAAGUAGCGGGGAAAGCGAUUAAGCAGGCGCUGCAAUCUGAUGGGGAAAGCAAUUAAGGACGUUUGGUAGCAUUUGUCAGGGAAUGGACUGGGAUCAGCUUGACGUGAACCCCAGGGUGAUUGCAGCUAUUAAAAAAGCUAACCUAAGAUCCAUCAAAGAGAUUUUGAAUCUUUCAGGAGCCGAUUUGCAAAGGCUGACAAAAUUGUCCAGUGUGGAUAUACAAUACCUACUAAGAGCUGUUUCUAAUGCAGUGAGAAAGAACUCAGUCCUUACAGCAUUACAGCUCUUCCAAGAUGAGGACCAUAGCACGUCCCAACACCAAAAGUUAAGCCUGGGCUGCUCCGUUCUAGACAGUUUGCUAAGAGGUGGCAUUCCUCUGACAGGGAUUACCGAAAUUGCUGGCGAGAGCUCAGCUGGGAAGACCCAAAUUGGCUUGCAGUUGAGCCUUUCUGUGCAAUAUCCAUAUAAAUAUGGUGGACUAGAAUCUGGUGCUGUUUACAUUUGCACGGAAGACAUUUUCCCCCAUAAGCGCCUCCAGCAACUGAUUGAAUGCCAGCCCCAACUGAGAGCUGACGUUCCGCACGACGUCGUGCAGAAGAUAAAGUUUGGAAACAGCAUUUUUGUUGAACACGCGGCAGAUAUUGAGACUUUUCAUGAGUACAUCACAAAGAGGAUUAAUGUCCUGCUUGCGCGAGGCAUGGUGCGCCUGAUCGUUGUCGAUUCCAUGGCGGCCUUAUUUCGAUGUGAGUUUUCCGCUAAGGAUUCGGUGCUGAAAGCCAAGUACUUGCAGACCUUUGGAGCAAAACUUCACCAGUUAAGCAGCAAGUUUCGGACCCCGGUGGUAUGCAUUAAUCAGGUGACUGACACAAUAGGGGAGGGCUCCGGUGCUGAUCACAGCAGUCCUCGCUCUGCUGGCAAGAGUGUUGCUCCAGCACUUGGCAUCACUUGGUCCAACCAACUGCUGAUGAGAUUGAUGGUAAGCCGCACACCCAACCUCGAGCAGCCGACCGAAGACGCACCCUGUGGACGUCCGUUACGGACAAUGAGAGUGGUUUUUGCUCCCCACCUGCCCCAGUUUGCUUGUUACUACACAGUAAAGUUGGAAGGAGUGAAAGGAGUAAGGAUGGAGACUCCAACAUGACAUGAAGUAAAGCUGGGAAAGAAUUCAUUUUCGUUCCCCAGUAUACUGUGCAUUUCCUUUGCACCACAAGUUGCAGCUUAUGUUGUGGAGUGGGACAGGGAGGAGAUCACACAACUUAAACGACAGGAUACCAAGUGAGAAAGCCCAGUAGCUACAUUUUUGGAAAGGGCUUAAAUUCGUCGAGUGCUGGAGUUGCGUGAACUCAGGCUCUGCUCCAC